GGUUUUGUAUGAUCCAACAAGAAAAUGGGACUUCUCCCUCUCCUCCUCCGCGGAGCGCCAAAGCGCUUCCUCCGCGCUUCCGGGAGCUAUCGAUCGCUCUACGAAUCCAAUUCGCGGCGGAGGCGGCACGGCACGGAUGCAGCAGCGGCGGAUCAGGCGGUCAACUCCAGGGCCGAUCAUCGCCCCGACGAUCAGAUGCUGGAUUUUCCAGGCGCCAAGGCCGCAUUCACCUCGAGGAUGGAGUUUAUCUCGCCCAAUGCGGCCGAGGCCGUGCCGUGCUUCCGGAUUCUCGACGAUCUAGGGCGUGCUCUCGACGGAUCCGACAUCCCUGAGGUCGAUUCUUCCUUGGCGGUGAAGAUGUACCACACCAUGGUACGAUUGCAAACCUUUGAUAGCAUUUUCUACGAGGCUCAAAGGCAAGGCCGGAUUUCUUUCUACUUGACUAACAUAGGCGAGGAAGCGCUCAACGUUGCAUCCGCGGCAGCUUUGACAAAAGACGACGUUGUCUUUCCCCAGUAUAGAGAGCAUGGCGUGCUAAUGUGGAGGGGUUUUACGCUUGACGAGUUUGCCAACCAGUGCUUUAGCAACGAAGCUGGGCACGGGAAAGGUAGGCAAAUGCCGAUUCACUACGGCUCGGAAAAACUUAAUUACUUCACAAUUUCGUCACCCAUAGCGACGCAACUUCCUCACGCCGUAGGAGCAGCUUAUGGACUAAAAAUGGACAGGAAAAAUGCGUGUGCCGUGACUUACUUCGGUGACGGUGGAUCGAGCGAGGGUGAUUUCCAUGCUGCUUGUAACUUCGCGGCGGUGCUAGAAGCCCCCGUCCUGUUUGUAUGCCGGAACAAUGGCUAUGCAAUAAGCACUCCAGCAUGCGAGCAAUACAAAGGCAAGCACUCGAUCCAAUUGCUAGCGUUUGUUUUAACAACUUCACAAUAUUUCUUUCUUUUCUUGAACUUUGAUGCUCCAGGCGAUGGAAUAGUGGUGAGGGGCCGAGGCUAUGGCAUGACGAGUAUCAGAGUUGACGGAAACGACGCGCUGGCAGUCUUCAAAGCCGUAAGCGCAGCUCGCAAGCUCGCAGUGGAACAAAGCAAACCCGUCCUUAUCGAGGCAAUGACUUAUCGCGUCGGGCACCACUCCACGUCCGACGACUCCACAAAGUACCGGAGUGGAGAAGAGAUUGCGCACUGGAGAAGCGUCCGCGACCCGGUCCUGCGCUUCCGGAGAUGGCUUGAGAGCAACGCUUGGUGGAGUGUCGAGGACGAGAAGGAACUCCGAGGAGCGGCGCGAAAAGAGGUGAUUAGUGCAAUGAACCAAGCCGAGAAGAAGAACAAACCUCCAUUGUCCGAGCUCUUCACGGACGUAUACGACACUCUUCCGAGGAAUCUGCUCGAACAGGAGGCCACGUUACGAGACACGGUAUCUAAAAAUCCACCGUCCCUGGCCCCGCACUGACAGGUAAGCCAACUUUAAAGCUCUGGAAUAUCCUGGACAGGGAAUCAAAGUCCAUUGCAUGGAUAAGGACGUCAUUCUGCCACUGAAUAGUCCCCAGUCGUGAUAUUCCGCUUGAUUUCUUUCUUUUCCUUCUCGAAUUUUUUUUUCCCUCC